UGUGUGCGUUAUUGGACGAAGCUUUUGUUUUGUGUCUAGUGCUCGACUGCUCGUCGACCGUUCAUUGAAUAAUUAAUUCGCCGCUGUCUGUAAAUUUUUUAUUUUCAAUAGGCAGGGUUCGAAAAUUAAAACGGUAAAGUAAAGAAUAAAGGUUUGUCGUGUUUCACAUCGAAUAUGAGUUCACAGUCAAAUAUAGCUCUAAAUAAUUGGCUGAUGGCGAACAAUGUGGAAAACAUAAGUUCUGUCGAUGAAAUAUACCGAUAUGAUAGGAAACAGCAACAAGACAUGUUGGCUGCGAAACCAUGGGAUAAAGACCCUCAUUUCUUCAAAGAGAUCCGUAUAUCAGCUUUAGCAUUGCUGAAGAUGGUUACUCAUGCUCGGUCCGGAGGACAUCUAGAAGUGAUGGGAUUACUUUUGGGCAAAGUUGAUGCGAACACAAUGGUGGUAAUGGAUGCUUUUGCUUUGCCAGUUGAAGGAACAGAAACAAGAGUGAAUGCACAAUCACAGGCCUAUGAAUAUAUGACAGCGUACAUUGAAUCUGCCAAACAGGUUAAUCGUCUUGAAAAUGCUAUUGGUUGGUAUCACUCCCAUCCUGGAUAUGGUUGUUGGCUCUCAGGAAUUGAUGUUUCUACUCAAAUGCUAAACCAAAAUUUCCAAGAACCUUUUGUUGCGAUAGUUGUAGAUCCAGUCAGGACCAUUUCAGCGGGUAAAGUUUGUCUUGGAGCAUUUCGAACAUACCCUAAGGGCUAUAAACCACCAAAUGAAGAGCCCAGUGAAUACCAAACCAUACCACUCAAUAAGGUUGAAGAUUUUGGAGUCCACUGCAAGCAAUAUUAUGCUCUUGAGGUUUCUUACUUUAAAUCUUCUUUGGAUCGCCGUUUGUUAGACUCUCUGUGGAAUAAGUACUGGGUCAGUACACUGAGUUCUUCUUCUCUCACAACCAAUGCUGACUACACAACUGGUCAAGUGUCUGAUCUUUCCGAAAAACUCGAGCAAGCGGAAAAUUCCCUUGGACGUGCCGCUUUAGUUAGCAGCGGAGUUGGGGUAAGCGGUUCCAGCAUUGAAGAUAGGCGAUCAGAAGAUAGGCUGGCUAAAGCAGCGCGCGAUGCUACGAAAACUUCAAUAGAAGCUCUUCAUGGUUUGUUAGCCCAAGUAAUUAAAGAUCGUCUAUUCAAUCAAGUUCGUUCAAGGCCUGCGUAAAUUGUAUUGUAAUUACACCAGAUAAUCUUAUUAAAUGAAUACUUGAGAGGUU